ACCAGAGUAAAGAAACUCCUACUCAAGACGUCUUCAGUCUCCAAGAUCCUGAGAUUCGCCCUGAAGUUAGUACCCUUGUCACCAAGUCUUGCUUUGAACGCUUCUCCAGAUGGUCAAGGCUCGGUCACACCCUUGCAAGGCCAGGUAGGUGACAGGAUGCUGUGGUUGGGACAUCCCCGUCCUCUCUGUAUAAGGCGCUCGGGCGGCAGAUGUCUGCAGAUGUUCACGAGCGCAGCCAUGAGAGCAAACUGGGUUCCGCUGCUGGCACUUCUUAUGGCAAUGGUGCCACUGCUUGUACCCGGCACGGAGACCAAUCGGCAGACAUCACUCAGACCGAAGCUAAAAGCAGCCAAUGAGAAGAGUAACUGGCAGAAGCAGAACUUCCGGAAGCCGGCCGCCCAUCUGAUCGGGAAGAGUCCAUCACUGAAUAAUACCCUGAAAUGGAGGUCCGAGGCCGAAGUGGCAUUUACCCGGAAAAUUAAGCACCCUACCAGUACAACCCUAGUGAUCCCCAGACAAGGCCUUUACUAUGUUUACUGCCAAGUCGGAUUUGAAGGGUCGGACAAUAUAACAUUGCUCAGCCAGGUCACCACCUUUCAUGACUCCCUCAAUGCAAAUGUUACGCUGAUCCUUGGCACAGAAAGUAUCUCGGGUCCACCUUUACCUCAAAAGACAUGGCAUGCCAGCCUUACCCUGGGAGGGUUGGCAAAUCUCCAGAAAGGUCAAAGGCUGUACGUUCAUGUUAGCCAUCCAGAACUUGUAGAUUAUACUGAGGGAAAGACGUUUUUUGGGAUAGUCAUGGUAUCUUGAUGAGCUGGAGAUGGGUCAACUGCUCAUUAGGUCAAGGUUUGGGCAAAAAUGUGGAAGUUCUCUCUGAACUGGGCCUUCAGGCUCCUCACAUAUGAAAAGCCUGUUUAUGGUGCAUACCUUCCAUAGACCAUUGAUAUAAAAACUGUGCUAGCAAAGCUGUAUAUGGGUUGGGGCUCAGUUGGACAACAAGGCUGGGCCAACAUGGCUUGGCACUUUUACAAAAGUAGGUUAUAGGGGUGCAAACACCUAUGUUCAAAAUAUUAAAUAUAGUCCCCUGGCACGUGGUGCCUUCUUAUGUGUUAGAGAGACCUUUGGCCCUCUCAUUUUCCAGGGCUCAGGUGCAACGACUACCCCUACAACCCUUAUACCUAUGCCCCUGUCUAUGAGAAGGGUCGGACAGGGAUUCCUUGGGGUACCAGUGGAAAUUAUUCUCAGGGCCCAAACCACAUAUAAUCAAAACAGUCUCAUAGCUUUUGUUUCAAAUAAAUAAACCCUAUUGUCAA